UUUCGUAAAAUUUAAGAAAAGGCUAUUUUUGCAAAAAUAGUGUUUUCUAAAAAAACCUUAACUUCAUAUUUUCCUUAAAAAUGUCUGUACCACCACAAGCAUUUGUAAACAAAAACAAAAAGCAUUUCUUAGGCAUUCCCGCACCGCUAGGUUAUGUCGCUGGUGUAGGAAGAGGAGCUACUGGUUUCACGACUCGAUCUGAUAUUGGUCCUGCAAGAGACGCUAACGAUGUGUCUGAUGAUCGUCAUGCACCACCAGCUGCAAAACGUAAGAAAACAGAAGACGAAGAUGAUGAUGAAGACUUAAAUGAUUCUAACUAUGAUGAGUUCUCAGGAUAUAGUGGAUCUCUGUUUUCUAAGGAUCCUUAUGACAAAGACGAUGCAGAGGCAGAUGCAAUCUAUGAGUCCAUUGACAAGAGGAUGGAUGAGAAGAGGAAGGAGUAUAGAGAAAAAAGACUUAAAGAAGACUUGGAAAGAUAUCGACAGGAGAGGCCAAAAAUUCAACAGCAAUUCUCUGACUUGAAACGUGAACUAAAAACAGUUUCUGAAGAUGAAUGGGCGGCGAUCCCCGAAGUAGGCGAUGCUCGUAAUAGGAAACAGCGCAACCCUCGCGCCGAGAAGUUUACGCCGUUACCAGACAGCGUCUUGUCUAGGAACUUGGGUGGAGAAUCGUCGUCUUCAAUCGAUCCAGGGUCAGGACUAGCGUCUAUGAUGCCUGGUGUUGUGACUCCAGGGAUGUUGACACCAUCAGGUGACCUUGAUUUAAGAAAGAUCGGUCAAGCCAGAAAUACGCUUAUGACAGUAAAACUCUCACAAGUGUCAGACUCUGUGACAGGUCAAACGGUAGUUGACCCCAAAGGCUAUCUGACGGAUUUACAGUCAAUGAUACCAACUUAUGGUGGUGAUAUUAAUGACAUCAAGAAAGCUAGACUGUUAUUGAAAUCUGUACGUGAGACAAAUCCUAAUCAUCCACCCGCUUGGAUUGCGAGUGCUCGACUAGAGGAAGUAACAGGUAAAGUACAGACAGCACGUAAUCUCAUAAUGAAGGGAUGUGAAGUCAAUCCGAGCAGUGAAGAGCUAUGGCUAGAGGCAGCUCGCUUGCAACCAAUAGACACGGCUCGUGCGGUCAUAGCUCACGCUGCGAGGAACCUGCCUCACAGUGUCAGGAUUUGGGUCAAAGCGGCUGACUUAGAACAAGAGGCAAAGGCGAAACGUCGUGUGUUCCGCAAAGCCUUAGAGCACAUUCCGAAUUCGGUGCGUCUGUGGAAGGCGGCCGUCGAACUCGAGAAUCCGGAAGACGCCCGGAUCCUGCUGUCUCGCGCCGUGGAGUGCUGUCCCACCAGCGUCGAGCUGUGGCUGGCUCUGGCGAGACUGGAGAGCUACGAGAACGCAAGGAAGGUGCUGAACAAGGCAAGAGAGAACAUCCCUACAGACCGACAGAUCUGGGUCACGGCGGCUAAACUCGAAGAAGCGCACGGCAACACUCACAUGGUAGAAAAAAUUAUUGAUCGUGCGAUAACGUCGCUGAGCGCCAACGGGGUUGAGAUCAACCGCGAACAUUGGUUCAAAGAAGCCAUAGAAGCUGAAAAGUCUGGCGCUGUUUCAACUUGCCAGGCAAUCAUCCGUGCGGUCAUCGGUCACGGAAUUGAACCCGAAGAUCAGAAGCACACUUGGAUGGAAGACGCUGAAGCUUGCGCCACUGAGGGCGCGUUCGAGUGCGCCCGCGCCGUGUACGGGUACGCGCUGUCCGUGUUCCCGUCCAAGAAGUCUAUCUGGCUUCGCGCCGCCUACCUGGAGAAGCAGCACGGGACUCGCGCCAGCCUCGAGACGCUGCUGCAGCGGGCCGUCGCGCACUGUCCCAAGUCGGAGGUGCUGUGGCUCAUGGGCGCCAAGUCCAAGUGGCUCGCAGGCGACGUACCAGCGGCCCGGGGUAUCCUGUCGCUGGCCUUCCAGGCCAAUCCCAACUCUGAAGAGAUCUGGUUGGCCGCCGUCAAACUGGAGAGCGAGAACAAAGAGUACGACAGAGCGAGACGGCUGCUGGCUAAAGCUAGGGCUUCAGCUCCCACACCGAGAGUGAUGAUCAAAUCAGCGAAACUAGAAUGGGCAUUGAACAAUCUGGACGUAGCCAUAAAGUUACUGGACGAAGCGAUCAAAGUGUUCGGGGACUACGCUAAGCUUCACAUGAUGAAGGGACAGAUUGAGGAACAAAUGGCCAAAGACGAAGACGCUCACAACACAUAUAGUCAAGGAUUGAAAAAAUGUCCAACGAGCGUCCCCAUGUGGAUCUUGCUGUCGAGACUGGAAGAAAAACUGAAACACGUGACCAAAGCGAGGUCCGUGCUGGAGAAAGCCAGGCUCAGGAAUCCUAAAAAUGCGGAACUGUGGUUAGAAAGUGUAAGAUUAGAACGGCGAAACGGAAGCCCGGAAAUAGCUAAUGCCGUAAUGGCGAAAGCUCUUCAAGAGUGCCCAUCUGCCGGUCGACUGUGGGCGGAUGCUAUCUUCAUGGAAUCGAGACCGCAGAGGAAGACUAAAAGUGUUGAUGCGUUGAAGAAAUGCGAACACGACGCCCACGUGCUGCUGGCUGUCUCACAGCUGUUCUGGACGGAGAGGAAACUAAACAAAUGCAGGGAAUGGUUCAAUAGGACGGUAAAAAUCGAUCCCGACUUGGGGGACGCUUGGGCGUAUUUCUAUAAAUUCGAGUUACUUCACGGCAACGAACAGCAACAGGAGGACGUGAAGUCGCGUUGUCGGGCCGCCGAGCCGCACCACGGCGAGUACUGGUGCAAGGUUUCUAAGGACAUCGUUAACUGGUGUUUCAGCACCGAUCAGAUACUGCUUCUCGUCGCUAAAAACCUGCCAGUUCCUUCUUAAAGACUUUAAAUCCUUAAAUACGUUUAGUUUUAUGUAUGUUAGCAUGUAACGGAAUCUUUGAACUUACUGGUGGUAGGACCUCUUGUUAGUCCGCACGGGUACGACCACCCUGCCUAU